UCACCCAACUGCAGCAGCUUCUGUUAACUUCAGUGACAGCACAGCACACAGACAGAGCACACAGAACAAGUGCUCUAUUUGUUCAGUAAUGCCUGAGGAAGUGACUUAUGCUACUCUCAAUUUUCCAAAUUCUUCUACAUCAAAGAAACUCCAGGAGAGCUGCAGUCUCAAGAGAACAGACAAUCAUGAAGUGCUGGAAUUAGAGCUGGAAGAAGCAGCUGAAAAUGGACCAAGGAGAGUUGAGAGCACAGUUGAGGUGGCAGAGAGCAGGGCCGUGAGAGGACCUUCUGUCCCAAUGAAAGUGUGGGGCCCUGUUGCUUUCAUUUUGCUGAUGCUGAACUUGGCAGUGCUGACUGGACUGGGAACCUUGAUCUUAAUGAAUUACCACGAACUCUUCUUCAGAAACAGAACAGCAUUUGACAAGCAAGAAAGCAUGAUAGAACAGCUGGAGAGAAAUGUAGCAUUAUACAUCGAUAUGUAUAAAAAUGUCUCAAGUGAGCACAUUGUUUUAAAAAAUAUGCUAGUAAACACAUCAAAAGAGUUGAACAGAUUUACCUCAAAAUACUCUGAAGAUUUAAGGCAGAAGAAAAAGGACCUUGAACUUUACUUAUGUGCAUGUUUAAAAUCAUGCACAUGGCUUGGAGAUAGCAGAAUGAAUUUCUCCUGUGUGAUAUGUGACAAUAAGAAGAAAGGAAAUAAAACUCAGCUGUUCACUGCAUGUCCUCCGUCACCUGUCUCUAGGAUGGAUCUGAAUUGUACACUCACUGAGAUAAAUAAGGUUUGGAACCCUUGUAAAUGCUUCAAGUGAGGAAACUGUAUUCAAUGGAUGUGAAAUAACUGGAAAAUCUAAUGACUCUAGUAGUUAAUAUUUGUGAAAACAAAGUCGGCAUGCCACAUUUUUUUUUUAAUCCUAGGUAAAUGCAAACUUACAGCUUAUUAUAAUACUACAGGACAUAAAAAUCACCAUGCUAGCUGAAACUAUGCAAAAACAAUCUCAGAAUCAAAGGGAAAAUUUUGUUUUGUGACUUUACAAACUAUAUCUCAAAACAUUAAAAACUCUAUUUCUGUUGAUUAUACAUAUAAAGGGAAAUAAAUAAAUAGUGGGAUAAAUAUUACUUAGUAUGCUAUAGUUUGAAAUAUUAGAAACAUUGAAAAUUAAAGGGGUCUAUCUAUUUCAUGCUUUAAGAGUAGCAUGAACAGUGGUACAACUUCUGUGGUCUAGUUCACUAAACAGAUUGAACAUCUUUUCCAUGUCUUAGAAAACUGCCAUACUCCUUUCUACGUUGGGGUCAACUUUUAACAUUUUAUCCUUUGUGCUUUUAAAGACAUAAAAUAUUUUCAACCUUUUCUUUCACGUGAAGUUUUGGGCUGGCAUCACUUCCUUCGGGCGCCUUUAUCAUCUUUAUCACAGCUACUUUUAUUUAUGCCAAUAAAUUCCCUUCAGUAAGUUCCUCUGAAUGCAUAUCAGGACUCUUUGAAAUGAUGACGGUGUAAUCUCUACCACCAGCUAUUCCUUCUUUAACUGUAUUUACAUUAUUACUUGCACAGCAUGGUAAAAAGCUCCUCUCAUACUUCCUUUCACUGUUACUUCCUAUCAGAAUCUUGAAUAUUUUCAGUGAUAUGCUUGAUAUCAUUUUUUUAAAAGCUCAACUAAAGAAAUUAGAUGAAUGUAGGCUUAAUAGCUUGUCCAAAUGUCCAUUAAAGAGAAAAGACUUUAAAACUUGAA